AUGCUUGAAUUGAGAAACUCUAAUUUAACAGCAGUAAGAGAUGUUGUAGACAACGAAGAUAUUGUAAAUUUUGAAGAGUAUGGCAUUGAAGAAGGACCUGUUCCAAACCUUUACCCUGAAUCAGUAUCAGUUCCAGAAUCUUCUAUACAUAUAUCAGAGGAAAAUGAGAGAAUACUUCAACAAGAAAUUUCCUCAGUUCCCCCAGAUGACAACGGGAUCAUGAGGUACAUCGCAGCAUUAACUGUAGCAAUGAUGUUUGGGGAUCUAAAUUAA